AUGGCUCCCACCGAGAAUGGCGCCAGCGGCGCGCCGAACGGCACUGAUGGAGUAAAGAAGGACGCUUGGCUCGACUUCAUGCGACUCGACCAGUCAAAGUUGGCCAGUGCUGUCGCUUCAGAGCAAGGCGAGGUCUUCGUUCUUCAAUGGCUCUCCAAGCUGGAAAAGACCCUCAAGUCUGCUGAUCGUGACUUGAUUGAUGAGCGUCAAGCGGAGCUCGAAAAAUCACUACUUGCAUUGACUUUACCCACAUGCGUGCAACCACAACGAGUCGUGCCAAAAAGCCCCAACCCACAAGGCCCUGGCGGUUCGUCAGCGACAGCAUUCGAGGUACCGUCAUUGACCGCGCCGCAUCCUGGAAGACCGUCAAGAUAUCUGCUGUCAAGAUGUUUCAUCUUAGUUUUUGGCAGCGGAGAAUCCCGCAGUCUCUUCGAUAUUCUGCAAACGCUCUUGAGGGCGAGUUCGGACGACCCGGCGAAGCUUACCACUGGCGCUGCUAUUGGAACCGUCUACAAGGGCGCAUUUGCGAAAGAGGGGCGCGUUGCAGCAUUUUACGUCACAGGAGAGAUAUUUGGCGCGCUUGGACAACAUGUGAUGAGUCUCUUCAACGAUCUGGUCACCACAGCGCUCCAAGUGGCCAAAUCAACGUUCAACCCAGUCAUUCUGCGGUACCAUGCACUGCUCUGCUUGAAAAAAGUCCUACGCAGAGGCUCUGCUAGUCUCAGCGAUCAGGUUGGCAAAGAGAUGCUCAGAAGCCUUCGUCAAGGUCUGGCUGACAAAGCAGGUGCUGUUGUCAGAGGGUACGCAGAAUGCAUCAUGACUCUCAACGAGCAAACGACGCACUUGGCGAGCAGGAAUGAGGUUGAAGCUGUUCUUGCAUGUGCGCUCAAGGCACUCGAAACAGCCGAUUUUCCGACUAAACGUGUCGUUUCCGAACUGUGUGCAAUGACGUUGGCGUUGACUCAACAAGAGAGCGCGCCACUUCCGACCGCUGCAACUAAAUCUACAGGAAAGAAGAAGAAGGGCGACACGGUUGCCGACGUAGAUGAUGGCAAGAUUGGAAUCCCCACAUCGGCCGAGGAGGCAAGCACGUUCCGGCGGAUGAUGACGCCGACCGGCAUGUUUGAGCAACUGUCAACAGCGUAUUUUCGGUCCCCAACCUCAAGAAAGCUGCAGGCUGCCCUCUUUGACGUUUAUGCCGCUCUUCUAACGCGUCUAGGCGCUGAAUGGGUGCAUCUCAAUUACGAGCUGAUCUUCAAGCAUUUUGCGGCGGACAUGCCAGCUAUGCUGAGGAGCAACAAUCAGCGCACCGAAUUCCUAUUUCUUCGCAGCGGGGUGCGCAUCCUCCUGCGUGAAUUCAUCGGCGAAAGGAUGCUUGGAGAGCAGGGUCAGGUCGCGGCCAUCCAACAGAUAUGUACGGGAUAUAUCAAGCGGUGGCCCACUUUGACACCUGGGCAUUUCCCUCCCGCGAAGUUCACGCUGGCUGUCGCCUUGAGCGAGUGCACCGGACUUCUCACUCAGCUUGGAAGUACUCCGCCGCAGGUCCAAGAUGCACUAUAUGCACCACUCAUCCGGUGCGCGUCACACCCGAGCUUAUCCGUCCAGAUGAGUGCUGCCCUUUGCUUGCGCACAUACUGUGAUGCCAACCCCAUGCAGCUCACUUCCACAAUCACCCACCUGCUGAGUCUGUUGAACAAGGACCUCAAGGCGCUCGUCACCGGCUCUAGCAGUCAACGAGUUGAACUCUUGCGCAGUGCAAAUGGUCAUGCUCGUGGUCUUGCUGCGGUGCUCUGCCUGAUACCAAAGCGACCGCUGUACACAGCAUUUGACGUCAGCGUCGAGGUGCUUUCCCUUAGCAUUAAGCUUCUCAAGGACUCAGGAAACCAUGACUUGCACGUCUCUGCGGUCCAAAUCCAGGUUGCCUGGACGCUUUUAAGUGCGCUAAUGUCACUUGGACCAAAUUUCGUCCGCAUGCACCAAUCACAACUGCUCACAAUCUGGCGCAACGCGCUACCAAAGCCUACUUCAAAAGACACUGCAUCAUCCAAUUCGGGCCGAUCAGAAGCGGAGUGGGGCUUCUUGUUGCAUGUGCGAGAAUGCACACUCGGCUGCAUCCUAUCCUUCCUCUUCCACAAUGCUUCGGAACUGGUCAAUCUGGACACCUCCAGACGGAUCGUAGCUCUACUGAGCCACGCGCUAGCAUUCGUCGACGCUUUUUCAGCUCAGCAUCCCAACCUUCUCCAAGAGCAGACUCCAGGCGUACAUCUUGGCGGGCUCACAUUGCUGGAUCGUGAAUUUCUUCUGCGCCGACGCCUCAUGCAGUGCUUUACUGUUCUUGCUGAGAACCCAGCCAUGGAGCCACUCGAGUCAGGUCUCCUGAUGGUUGCCCUCAAGGCCUUUGCAGAACCUGACCGGUACAUCGGGAGUGCCACACAGGCCGCAAUUUCUGCGAGCGCGGGGAACUUUACGUCUGUCUGGAGUUUGGCAGACGGCUAUGCCUUCGGUGUCAGCUGCACAAUCGACGUAGAUACAUGCAGCGUCGGGCAAGGCGUGCAAUUGACUCCCGCCCGUUCUAGGAAGGGCCGGCUCAACAGAGACAUUUGCGAAGCCGAGCUUGACAACUUACAGUACAGGCCAGUAUUUGGUGCUCCAGAGCAUGACAUUGCUUUGAUCUACUUGCCAUCAAAAGACUCGCUGGCGGCACCUGCAUCGACAUCACUUGUGGAUGCUUCUAUAGAAGUCUUUGCGCGGCUCUUCCCGUUCCAGCAGAGAAACUCCCAGAUUGCAGCUCUAGAGGGGAUCGCAGCCUAUCUCAGAUCUCCGCGUCUCGAUCGUAACCCCGGCCGCCAGAUGGCAGUUCAAGUCAACGCGAUGGCCGCGCUGCUCGGAUCGCUACGUGUUGCUGCAACACCCUCGGCCAACGGACGCUUAGCGACCGGUUUCAGCCACGAGAAAGUCUCUUCGGUGAUGCGCGAGAUCUUGCAGACUGGACUACUUAGCACCGACACUGCGACCAGAAACGCUGCAAGCGAAGCAUAUGGCCGCUUCGCAGCCAUUGCUGGUUCUCAAUUGUCGUCAGUGCAAGUCCAAUUCCUUGUCGAUCAAGUGGUCAGCAAUCGAGAUCCAGAUGCGCGAGCGGGCUGUGCCCUCGCUUUUGGCUCCAUCUAUUCCUCUCUGGGCGGCUUGGCAGCAGGGCCGCUCACCAAGACGGUUGUGAAUGUGUUGUUUUCACUGGCGCGCGAUCCGCAUCCAACCGUGCACUACUUCUCGCUCCAGGCAUUGCAAUCUGUUGUCGAAGCUGCCAGUCUCAGCUAUACGCAAUACGUGACGUCCACCCUUGGCAUGCUCGUUAAGCUUUACAUGCAAGACACGCACGAACCAGAAGGCGGAAGUGUCGGGUCAGUUAAUCUACGAGGAGAUCUGCCGGCUCACCAAUCCAUGUGCCGCAUCAUCGAUGCAAUGCUUGGAGUCUUGGGGCCCGAUCUCGCAGACAGUACAAAGAUUCGCGAAUUAUUGCUGGCUAUGAUGGCGGAAAUGCAGCUCGAAACAGAAGAUGGCGUAGUCAUUGAAGCUACCAAGGCGUACCAGCACUUUAGCUUAUUUGCGCCAGGACACAUCGAUACAGUCCAUUGGAUUGGCGAGCUGCGUCGCCACUUGGUUAGCCCCCGACGACCGUUUAAAGCCUGUGCCAUGAACGCCCUCUACCAGCUGGUGCAGAAAGACGCUUUGACGAUUAGCAAGGUUGGCGGAGAUCGCCUAGCUGAAGACUUUUUUGCCGAGCUCGACAAGGAUCCCUUACUGGAAGGGGUGCGCGAUGUAACACUCAGCUGGCUGAGGCAGACGGCGGCGGCGAAUCCACGCGCUUGGGUUGAUCUUUGUCAGCGGAUCAUUUCAACUGGAAAGGGAGUUGACAAGGGUGCACGGCCGACCGCAUCGCUAGCAACGACGUCGGCAUUGCAAGAUGAGGAAUCUGCUUCGCUCGGCAUCGAUGACGGAGGCUCAUCGUGGGCAGCGUCGCAGACCAGCCGCUGGAGAACAAGGCUAUUUGCUCUGCAGUGCGUACAUGAGAUUUUCCUGACAUUGCGCAAUGCGGGGCGUUUGGAGCAUUUCCGCAGUCCGCCCACUGAAGGGGCAUUCUUGAUGUCCAACCGAGUGACAGACCUGAUCAAAAUGGCUUUCAUAGCUAGCACUGCUUCAAAUACGGACAUACGUCAAGAAGGGCUAGUCUUACUUCGAGACGUUGUGGAAAACUUCAAGCUGACACCAGACCCCGACUUUCCGGAGGCCCUCAUGCUUGAACAACAUCAAGCGCCGAUCUCCUCCGCACUGAUGCCUGCCUUUACACUGGACAGCACCCCGGAAGUGCUAGCAUCCGCCGUGCAAGUCUGCGCCUCUUUCGUGGGCUCAGGCAUCAUCAAGGACACUGCCGGUAUGGGACGCAUCCUCAAACAGUUGGUGGCGGCCCUAGAGGCCUCGCAGCAAGUGUAUAUGUCCAGCCUCGGCGAUGUUCAGAAUCUGACCCCAAACGCAAGCGUCAUGCUCAAAGUUGCGGUCUUUACGGCAUGGGCGGAGCUCUACCUAGCAUGCGGAUCGCAUGACUACCUGGACAAAAUUGUCAAGCCGCACGCCAGCGUCCUCGUACCCUCUUGGACGGCUUUGCUACGCGAGUACGCUCGGUUGCACAGUACAGACGUCCACUCAGCUGCUCUUGGCCGAACAACCGUUGGCAUGAACUUCAGCGCAGCUCUCGACUCGCAAUAUGCUGGCCUCUCCCGGGAGGUGGUGCUGCCGUACUUUGAGACAUCAUGGUGGCGGGUGUUGCACGCUUUCUCGGUGGUCAUGCGUUCGGACGAAGCCCAGCUGCUCGAGAUUGGCCCCGACUCCGACAAGGACAAAAAUGACGCUGCUAGCGAAGAGCCUUCCAGCUUCUUCUUCCUCAUAUACGGGCUUGCCUUCGAAAUUCUCGCUUCCACUUCCUCUUGGAAGGACUCGAUGCUGGAAGCCCGGGUCAAGCGCGUCGCUUUGCAAACGCUCCAAAGCCUCAGUCACGCUAAGUAUGCCGGCUCCGCAUUGCUCGACGAGGCUCUCUUCGAUGAGCUCUCUGCCUUGUGCCACAGGAUGAUCAUGACCGAGUCGGUCACUGUGCAGAUCGGUGUCAUGCAAAUGCUCUCAACGCUGAUUGCCAGCUACGGCGGCCGGAUCCAGAAUAGGGAGAUGGUCAACAAGUGUCUGCGAUCAUCACUCUACGUGAUUGAUAGGUGUCGCUCCGCUCCUGGUACUACAUUGGAGAAGGCGAAACUGUUCACUUUCGCUUUUUCUUCCGCCUUGGAGAUUUCGGAUUUGCACGAAGAGAGCAAGAGGAACGACUUGCUUGCGAUUUUGGUGCAUCUUUACUCUGAUCUUUUGCGCGACGAGCUCAUCGACGUCGAUCUCAUCACACCGACCCUCCCUUCCCUCAAAGCUCUUUGCGAGCAUUUGCCAUCCGGCAACCUCGGCUCGCUCCAAAAGGCCGUGCACGGCCUCACUUCGAGGGCUGUUGAAACGAUCAACAACAUGCGCUCACGUUCAGCGGCGCUUGCUACUCGUCUCACAAAGGCCAAUCUUCUCGCUCUGACUGUCGUAGUCACGGCACUUCCCAGCUCUAUCACAUUGAGUCGAGCAGUAUUGGAAGAGUACACAUAUCUGAUCAGUCACAGGAUAUCAACGGACGACGGCGAGAUCUCCCUGACGGCCUCCACGUGCGCGCGCUCCAUCCUGCUUGCAAGCGGCCGGUCAAAUGUGGCUAUACGCUACUGUGCUGGGCAGCUUCUCGCUGGGCUGAUAAGUGGCGUAGCUCGGAGAGCGGAGGAGCUUCGUGCCACAACGGACAAGCAUGAUGACAAGCUGGCCUUGGUGGGCGAGGAAAUCAGGGUGAUCAUGGGCCUGUUCGGGACACUCCCGAGCUCAAUUCAUCCCGCACUGAUGCUAACCGUCGUACCCACGUUGCUGCUGUUAUGCUCAGACGAGGAAGACAUCAACAGCACCAGUGCAGCACACAGCUUUGCUGUUUCGCAGCUCGUAACGCUCGCAUCGACGCAUUCAGCCGCUUUCAAGGUCGCGGCCGCGGGUCUCGACGAGCAGCGUCGAUCGCUGCUGGAGAGCAGCGUGCGACGCGCAUUACUGUCAGGCGCUGGCGCUCACGCUGGUAGGGGCGGGGCAGUGAAGCCCAAAGCCGGAAUCGCAUUGCGUAGCUUUGGGAGCGGUUGA